GAUCGGGAGUCAUAUAUUCCAAGUCCGACAAGGGCCUCCGUUGAGCAGGGCUCUCCGUCGAGUCUCCGCCCUGAUUCCUUCCCGGCCCAGACGCCGCCGAUAUGUCGAUUCCCAGACUGCUUGCUCGGACAGUCCCGAGUUUAAGGCUUGCCCGGGAGCGCACUGGCGCCUCCGUUGCGCGGCAUGUGCGAAGUUACACAAUAACCAGCGCUGCCAGCCGGUCUCCCCGGCCCCGCGUGCGCCACUCGCCGUGGUCGACCCCAUCACAAACACGAUCCUUUUCCGCCUCGCCCGCCGUUUUGCAUGGCCACAUCGACCCUCCAAAGCCAGGUGAAGAGCUCUACGUAACGUUCAUCGACAAGGAGGGCGCUGAGCACAAAUUUGCCGUGUCCAAGGGCGACAACCUGCUAGACAUCGCGCAAGCUAACGAUCUCGAGAUGGAAGGCGCGUGCGGAGGCUCCUGCGCCUGCUCCACGUGCCACGUUAUCGUGAUGGACCAGGAAUACUACGACAGGAUGCCCGAGCCGGACGACGACGAGAACGACAUGCUCGACUUGGCGUUCGGCCUUCAGGAGACAAGUCGUCUGGGCUGCCAGGUCGUUAUGACGCCCGAGUUGGAUGGGCUGCGGGUCAAGUUGCCGGCCAUGACGAGAAACUUGCAGUCAAGUGAUUUUAAAUGAGGGCCGGGAUGGCCGGUUUUUGCUCUUCAACUGUCGUUUUGUGCGAUAGGGUCAGGGAAAGUAUGCAUAGAUACCAGAAGCACAAACCUGGGCAUGGCUUGGGCGUGAAUGUGGCUUGGAGGAGUCGUGCCUGAUUGGUGCACCUCCAAAUCCCUU